AGCUUAGUUGACAGCCGUCCGCCGCCGAAGGCUGUUUGGCCGAUUUAACUUCCGAUUUCGAAAGUAAAGUAAAAUGACAGGGCCCGAGUGUCACUGAUUUAUCAGAGAUUUCCCAUUCAAUUUUCCCCGCCAGUUUUUUUGAGACUGUUUUUUAUUUACUUUAAACAAUUUCAAAUAUCAACAUGUGCAAUUCGAACAAGAGUGAAACGACAAUGCUUUUCCUACUCUUGAGGAUAUGCCUUCUUGCCCUCCUCGUCCGUCCGACGUUUCAAAACGACGCUAUCAGUUAUUUAUCUCUAUACGGUUACCUGCCUCGAGGCGUCAACAGCCCGAACUCGGAAAGCAUAAUAGACGAAGACACCUACGUGCAAGCGGUGAUGAAGUUCCAGUCGUUCGCCGGCCUGGAGAUCACAGGAAAACUGGACAACGAGACAUUGGAAACAAUGAAGCUUCCCAGGUGCGGUGUGGGUGACAAUUUGGACAGGAUAAACGGCAAGAGGACCAAAAGAUACGUCCUCCAAGGGAGUAGGUGGAGAAUUAAGGACCUCACGUACAAAAUUUCGAAAUAUCCCAGCGCCCUGAGCAAGACGUUGGUCGACAUCGAAGUGAAGAAAGCUUUCAGGGUUUGGAGCGAAGUCACUCCGCUUUCCUUCACCCGGAAAACAUCAGGGCCAGUAAACAUAGAAGUAAGGUUUGAAAAAGGUGAACAUGGCGACGGUGACCCCUUCGACGGACAAGGGGGCACCCUUGCCCACGCCUUUUUCCCGGUGUUCGGCGGCGACGCACACUUCGACGAUUCUGAAAGAUGGACGGUCAACACUUACAAAGGGACGAACCUUUUCCAAGUUGCGGUCCACGAGUUCGGACAUUCCCUGGGGCUGUCGCACUCUGAGGUGAGGGCGUCUCUCAUGGCGCCGUUUUACAGGGGGUACCAGCCGGACUUCGAGCUUCACCGAGAUGACAUCGAAGCUAUACAGGCGUUGUACGGCAGACCUACAAGUCAUAAAGACGGCAAGGACAGCUCAGAGUCCAACCCGGCCACUACCGAAGAUCCUCGGCCGAUAGAUCGUGCCAACGAGACCACUGUCGACAAUGCUCCCGAUAUUUGCGACGUAGACAGCAUCGACACGAUGUUCAACUCGGCCGAAGGGAUAACCUACGUCUUUAAAGGCUCUCUUUAUUGGAGGCUGACCAAGACUGCGAUUGCUGCCGGUUACCCAAGGUACAUCGGGAUGUCUUGGAAAGGACUGCCUGGCAAUAUUGAUGCUGCUUUCACUUACAAAAAUGGGAAAACUUACUUUUUCAAAGGCUCCCAAUACUGGCGGUUUACUGGAAAAUCCAUGGAUAAAGAUUAUCCUAAGCUCAUAUCUAACGGUUUCGAAGGGAUACCAAAUAACCUAGAUGCUGCCAUGGUCUGGGGAGGAAAUGGAAAGAUCUACUUCUACAAAGGAUACAAAUUUUGGAGAUACGACCCGACUCAGAAGCCAGCGGUAAAAAAUACUUACCCCAAGGCUAUUUCAAACUGGGAGGGUGUUCCGGACAACAUUGAAGCUGCACUGCAAUACACAAAUGGUUAUACGUACUUUUUCAAAAAUAAACAAUACUAUAGGUUCAAUGAUAAUACAUUUUCCGUCGAUUCCACAAACCCUCCGUUCCCACGCCCCUCGGGCCCCUGGUGGUUCGGAUGCGAUGAAUCCAAUGCCAGAUAUACUGGUGAGAAACCGACUGAAGAACAAGAUAGCAGAAGGCUGUGGUCGCUUAACAAGGAAGGCACAAAUGAUGCAUUAGACGGUGCUUUACCACCGGCGAAGAGGGCUGAGGGAAGAACAGAUUCAGAAGAAAAAGGAAUGAGUUGGGCUUCAAGGAGUGUUGCUACUAUGUUUAUAGUACUUUGUUCUGUACUAGUCUCUCUCUGAGAUAAAAUAAUCUGUGAUCAUAUUAUUAUUGGGAAAAAAAAUUAUCGUUCAAGUCCCCAGGACUGAACCUCGAUACUUGAUACUUCAGACUUCAAAAUCUGAAGGCAACUGAGCCAAGUACGGCGAUCGUAUUGCAAAAGAUGAAUAUAUUGUAAAACUUGUUUAUCACAUUAGUAAAUACCAGUAUUUUUUUAAAGUAAAAUUAAAGAUCAAAAGUAUUUUUUAUUGCCAUAUCCUAUCAGCAGUAAACCGAAUUAUAAUCACUUGCUUCGAAUACGAUUGUAUAUAGGUUUCACACUGUAGAAUAUUUGUAUUUUUAUACUAUUAUUAUUAUGUAAAGUAUUAUUUUUAUACCUAAGAUGUUUAUAACAGAUGAAGUGUAUACAUAUGACUCUUAGAUUUUAUUUAAUAAAUUUAUUACACCAA